CCUGGCUUUCCUCCUCCUCUUCCAUCUUGAUCCCUUUUUCUCUUCUUGCAAUUCUUUCUUUCCAAUCAUUACCUGUCUCUUAACUUCUUCGUCCUCUUCUCUUCUUCGCCUCUAAUCGACAGUCAUGCUCUGCUGGCCAAAGCAUACUCACCAAUCUGUGUAAACACUAGUAGUGAAAUCUAGCAAAAUAGCCCGUCGACUUGACCAUGUCUACCAUUUCUCAAACAUUCUCACAAUUCCAAUUCGACAAUCGCUACCAAUACCACCUUGGUCACACUAUCUCGCAGCCAUUAUCAUACUUGCAGCAGCAGCAGCAGCAGCAGCGCCACCACCACCACCACCACCACUCUGAAGAAGAAGACGGCCCUGCACCGUACGGCUCCAAUCGACGACGCCUCUCCUCGAUUGACAAACUCUGUCCCAUCCCAUCCAUCCUCCAGCACGACGAUAUUGUUGCUCCACACUCUAUCCAAUCAAUUCCUCUAUCACCAUCCCCCUCUGACUUUACUGCUGACGACAAAGACAACGACGAAACAAUGAGCAUUGCUCAGCCUGCUUGGACCAAGCUCAAGACCAAGGCAGGCAAAGAUCGUAAAAGACUACCUCUGGCAUGUACAAACUGUCGUCACAGAAAGAUUCGUUGUUCAGGAGAGCAGCCAACCUGCAGUACCUGUACAGAUUCGGGUCGGCCGUGCACCUAUCGAGUCACAAGCCAAAAGAGCGUCUUUCGACAUGACCCUCGAGCCCAGCAAUUGUCCAAAAGCCGGACAGAGGCUUUAAACAACCUAAAUCACAAGAAGGGUGUAUCAAGAGGUAGAUCCAACAGCUCCUCAAGUAGCCGCAGCUCGGUGCUUGCCCCUAGGACCAAGACCAGCGCCAAGGCAGCUCUGGACGACAUAUCUAAAGAGCUGCAGGAGCAUCUGUUUGACGUCUUCUUUGAGCAUAUCCACGGCCACCCAUGCUAUCUUUUACAUCGACCAAGUUGCAUGGACAAACUAAGGAACAAUGAUCUCCCCACCAUUCUAAUCCUAUCCAUUUGUGCGGCAGCAGCGCGACAUUCUAAAGACAGGAGAUUAAUUUCGUCUUCUGAUCGCGCAGCAAAAGGCGAAAAGUGGGCAGAGAGCGCCCGGCAGCUCUGCAAAGACAAGCAAGACGAACCACAUAUUACAACGCUCACUUGUAUACUCUUGCUUUGUAUGAACGACUUACAUGAGGGUAACCACGAAAGAAGUUGGUCUCUCAGUGGUCAGGCUAUUCGCAUGGCCUACGCUUUGGGACUACAUGAGGAUUCCAAUGGCGAUCUCCAAACGCAAAGCACAAACCGUAGCCUCGGUUUCCGGGAACGUGAAAUCAGAAGGCGAGUAAUGUGGACAUGUAUUCUGGUGGACCGUAUCACCUCAAUAUUUCUGAAUCGUCCAGUCUUCAUUGCCGCUGAUACGGUCCACGUGCCGCCGCCGGUCGGCGAAAUGUUCUUUGAGCUCGAUGGUUCCAUACCUAUAGACCUCUUGGAAAGCAGCGAAAAGUCCCAGUGGGAUUUAUUUUCUGACUUGGCCGCCUCUAGACGGCGAGAAGACUUGGGAGUUACAGCACUGAUGAUUAGGUCUCUCGAUAUUUGGCAUCAAGUGGUGACGCUCACAAGCGGCCUUGGGUCACACCACGAUUCGACUUCCUUGGAGAGAGCCAUGUCGCAGCUCAACCUCCUUGGCGUUGCCAGUGAUGCUCUGCUAGGCGGCCUCCCCAAGCAACUGGAGUGGUCCAAGGAGAAUGCUCGCAAACAGCUUGCCGCUGCUGCACUUAGCCACUACAUGCUGCUUCACUUGUCCUUGGCCAUGUCCAACAUUUUCUUUUGCCAGGCAUCCAUCGUCAUUGCGAGCUUGAGAUCAAAGAUUGUACUAUUUGACCAGGCCCAAUCCAAUAUUGUGGCUCAGAUGCUCAUUGCCGCGAGACUUAUAUCCGCAGUGCUCUCGCAAUGCGACUUGGACUCAGCCUCCAUGUCACCAUUUGCUGGCUACUGUGCGCUGCUGUCCACCCGAAUCCAGUCGCUCCACGUUUCAUCGCCAAACGCGCAAAUACAGAGAGAGUCAAAAGACAACAGCGAUGCAGGACAGCAGUACCUGCAUGAUCUUGCACAAAUUUGGCGCCCGUUUGAAGCCAUCCUCGAAUACAGCCAUGAUGAUGCAGGAUCUAGGAACAACGCACCAAGCUCUAAAGAUGCCAAGACAUCAAGCCUCAUCAACCGCUAUGCCAGCGUAAUCCUCAAUAUGGAGCUUGCUGGUCCUGGUCCUGGCUGUGACUGGGACGACCUAGGCCGUUUCAUUCUUGAGCAGGGCUCUUCACUGUGCUCCAACAGAAAGGUCCUCUCUGAGUCAUCUGCAACAACACAAGUCUAUCACAGCGGUAAAUUGGGCUCAGUCCCGCAUACUGGGCAACAGCCUGUGGGUAUCGGAAGUGGCGCUGCCACGGAACAUACCACUACUCAUCCGCUUCCUCCUGCUGCUGCUCAGAUGAUACAGCAGCAUGAAGGGACUUCUCAAUCGCCAUCAGAACCACCUUAUGCCGCCAUCUCUCCCCUUACCCCACAAUACCAAUCCGUCAGGGUGGCAAGCAUGAGCUCAGAGAACAUGCCUAUGGCUCUGGCGAGGACCAGUGCGCCAGGCCAGGCAAUGGUGGGUAUGGAGUCAUGUCACCUGGACGUAGACAAUGGUGGUUGGUACAACAUGCCGGGGAACAACAUGUUCAAUGACGCAGCCUAUCUAUCGUCGUGGUUUCUUCCGUACAUUGACCAGGGCGGUCAACAGGUGGCCAUGCCAACUGGCGAUUCGUCGAACAUCACCAAUGCGAGUCUACCAACAGGACCAACAGGAGCAGCUGGAGGAGGAUCUGUUGGUACAGGUUCUGGUACUAGCGAAAAACCGUUUCCCGUAGGCGAAGGGUGGUGUUUGUAGAUUUAUUUAUGAAGCGCGUUUUGCUGUUAUUUCUUUCGCAGCUCCACGGUCAAGCUAACGGGCCCUUUCAAUAUACGAUCGAAUUUGAUUUAUAUACUAGUAUUAUGUGUCUUAUUAUACUGUGCCAUGAUUAUUAUCCAACCCUCACCUUGUCGCAAAUCUCUAUAUAUAUCUAUGUACUUUUAUCCCCUCUCUUCGAUGCCAUACAAUACAAGUGUGACACUUAAUUAUCCAAAACUAGCGCCUCUCUCUCCGGGCUCAAACCCAGCAGCUUCAGCUGCACCCCCUCCGGCGCAUGCUUCGGUCCAUUAAUGCCCGUCAUCCAAGCCCACGUAUCCAUAACAGUAUCCUCAAUCGGGCGACACCGCAACCCCGCGCUCUUCGCCUUGGCCGUAUCCCAUCCGUACACCGUAGCAUAGUCAUUGGUCUUGUGCUCCAGCCACAGCGGCAGCUCGACAAACGGCUUAAUCCCCGCCUCAAUAAUCUCCUCCUGUGUCUUCCAUACCAACUGCGCCUUGUUCCCCGUAAUCUCACGACACAGCUCGAGCACCUGGCCCAGCGCCGCAGACCCCGGCGGACUCAGCAAGUUAUACGGCCCCUCGAGCUUACGCUCCGCCGCUCUAACCAGAAACUCUGCAACAUCACGCACAUCAAUAAUCUGGACGGGCAUGUGCGCAGGGCCCGGCGCCAGUGUGCGCCCGCCGCGGCGCAUACGGUCCAACCACCACGGUAAACGACUGCGCUCAAUCAGCGAGGCCUCGUACGGGCCGGCCAUGACGCCGCAUCGGGCAAACAGGCACGGCGUACCCUGGAGGAUUUUCUCGGCGGCGGCCUCGAAGCCGCGCCGGCGCAGGGAUGUCGGCGAUGUGGUGGCGUUGGGGCCGACGAUUUCGCAGACGGGUGUGGUUUCGUCGUUUAGGCGGUCGCCGUCGCCAAGCUUCGUCUUGUCGUACACGCUGACUGUGGACAUGAUUGUGUAGUGGCCGACGCGGCCUUGUAGCUUCUGCAUGGCUUCAAUGGCAGCGGGGGGCUCGGCGGCCCAUGUGUCGAUGACGGCGUCAAAGGUGAGCCCGUCUAGGGCGUCGAGGCCAUUGGGUGUAAGGCGGUCGCCGACGAGCGAGGUGGCGCCAUCGGGAGCGGGCUUUGUGCCGCGGUUGAGGACGGUGAUUGUGUGGUUGCGGUUGCGGGCUUGCUCGACGAGGGCGCGGCCGAGGAACGACGUGCCGCCGAGGAUGAGGAGAUGCAUCUCCUUUAGUCGCGUGACGGUGGUGGUUGAGGGCAAAUCGAGCUGGUGUUUGCUGCGAGUGCGGGGUAUUAGCAAAGCCAAUGGUCGUGGUUGUGCUAGCGACGUUUAU